UAGCUUGUUCAACAUGUGACACUUCUGAAAAAUAUCUUUUGUAGUCUUCUUCUUCUUGUUUUUUUUAGUCUUUUUAGUACUCUGGUUUUAAAAAGUUACUAUACAUACUCGGCUAUUUUGGAAAAUAUUAUUAUGGAUCUCAUUGAUGGUGAAGGAAGUAAUAGCGAGUUAUUCCAAGCUCAAUCCCAUUUGUACAAGCAUAUACUAUGCUACAUAAGUUCUAUGUGUCUAAAAUCUGUGGUUGAGCUAGGCAUACCAGACAUAAUCAACAACCAUGGCAAAUCCAUUACUCUCCCUGAGUUGGUCUCUGCCCUUGAAUUUCCUCCAGCCAAAACUGGCUUUGUCCAUCGUCUGAUGCGCCUAUUAGUACACUCUGGCUUCUUUACAGCAAAGAAAGUUAGCCAAAAUCAAGAAGAACAAGAGGCAUAUGAUCUAACACCUUCAUCUAGACUUCUUCUCAAAGAUAAGGUCCCAUGUUUGUCACCCUUUGUUCUUCUUAUGCUUGAUCCAGCUCUUAUAACUGCAUCGCAAUUUCUUGGAAGUUGGCUCCAAAAAGAUGCAGCCCCAACAAUGCCAUUUGAGUCAGCUCAUGAGAUGAACUUUUGGGAGUACAUUAACAAAAAUACCGAAUUCAGUGAUCUAUUUAACGAGGCAAUGGCUAGUGAUUCAGGAAUGAUGAACUUGGUAAUUAAAGAUUUCAAGUCUGUUUUUGAGGGACUAAAUUCAUUGGUCGAUGUAGGCGGUGGCACAGGAGGAGUCUGCAGGAUCCUCAAUGAGGCAUUUCCUCACCUGAAAUGCAUAGUGCUCGAACAACCACAUGUGGUUGCCAAUUUGCCUAACACUGAAAACUUGAAGUUUGUUGAGGGUGACAUGUUUCAAGCAAUCCCUCAGGCUGAUGCAAUUCUACUCAAGUUGGUUUUACAUGACUGGAGUGAUGAGGAAUGCUUGACGAUUUUAAAGAAAUGUAGAGAAGCUAUUCCAAGCAAUGGUGGAGGAAAGGUUGUGAUAAUAGACAUAGUAAUAAAUGACGAAAAAGAUGAACUUGAAGUAACUGAUGCUAAGCUCUGCUUUGACUUGCUGAUGAUGAUUGUGUCUUCUGGGAGAGAGAGAAGCCAAAAAGAUUGGGAAAAGCUCUUCUUGGAGGCAGGUUUCACUCGCAAUAAAAUUACACCCAUAUUUGGUUUAAAGUCACUAAUUGAGGUUUUUCCUUAGAAACAAAAUCAGUAAAUAUAUUAUGUGACCCUUGAAAUAAGGAUAUGAUUACUAUUGUGAUUAUACUUGAUCACAAUAAAAUUGACAAUAUGCAGGUUGUUCAUCAGCAAGGGAUGCCUUCUUAAACAUAGCUUCUUGUAUUAUUUUUUCAGGCAAUAUUAUGGAAAAUUAAAACUUCA